UACUUGAGCUUUCGAAGGCAAACCAAGUUGUGCCUGUUCAGAAUCGUUGACAGAACAAGGAACAAGAACUAAACAAGCCAAAGGGAAAUAGAAGAUAACAAUCUCUUCGGCUCACUCCUAAUCUUCUGUUACUUAUUAUUGUGACCUAAUUUCAAACGGAGAUGGCUCAGUGGCACCAUCUUCAGAUGCUGGACUCCAAGUACCUGGAGCAGGUGGACCAGCUGUACGAUGACUCGUUCCCCAUGGACAUCAGAGAUUACCUGAGCAAGUGGAUUGAGAGCAUUGACUGGGACUUGGUGGCAGGUCAAGAAUCGUUAGCGAUCGUUCGCUUUCACGACCUCCUGGCCCAGCUGGAUGACCAGCACAGCCGCUUUGCUCUGGACAACAACUUCUUACAGCAACACAACUGCCGCAAGAUCAAGCGGAACCUGCAGGAUAAAUUCCAGGACGACCCGGUGCACAUGGCCAUGAUCAUCUCAAAGAACCUGAAGGAUGAACGCAUGAUCCUUGCCUGCGCAAAGAGCGCCAUGGAAGUUGAGGGAACAGCAUCAGCAGUGGUGGUGGACAAGCAGAAGCUGGGCAGCAAAGUGAAGGAGAUGAGGGACAAAGCUCUGGUGGCAGAUCAAACCAUAAAAAACUUGGAAGAUCAGCAGGAUGAAUACGACUUCAAGUUCAACACGCUGAGGAACAGAGAGAACGAACUUAAUGAUAUGAUGCCAAAGGAACUGGAGAGGGAGAAGAUGAUCAUCACUAGGAUGUGCUUGGAUCUGAAAUCAAAACGGCAGGAUGUGGUGCUCCAGUUGACCGACCUCCUAAAUGUAACUCAAGCGUUAGUGUCCGACCUGAUCAAUGAGGAGCUGCCCGAGUGGAAGCAGCGGCAGCAGAUUGCCUGCAUUGGCGGGCCGCCCAACGCCUGCCUGGAUCAGCUGCAGAACUGGUUCACCACGGUAGCAGAGACUCUUCAACAGUUUCGCCAGCAUCUGAAGAAGCUGCAAGAAUUGGAGCAGAAGUUCACGUACGAAUGCGACCCCAUCACCCAAAAGAAAGACUUCCUCGAGGUCCGAGCCCUGGAGCUGCUAAAGAACCUCCUCUCCAACGCUUUGGUUGUGGAGAGGCAGCCCUGCAUGCCCACCCACCCUCAGAGGCCACUGGUGCUGAAAACCGCCAUUCAGUUCACAGUAAAACUGCGGUUCCUGGUGAAGCUGCCAGAGUUUAAUUACCAGCUCAAAGUCAAGGCGGUGUUCGACAAAGAUGUGACAGACAAGAAAGGGUUCCGAAGGUUCAACAUUUUGGGAACGAACACCAAAGUCAUGAACAUGGAGGAGUCUAAUGGGAGCUUGGCAGCAGAGUUCAGACAUCUGCAAUUAAAAGAGCAGAAAGUAGCAGGAAACCGAAAUAGUGAGGGUCCGCUGAUCGUCACAAAGGAGCUUCACUCGCUGAGCUUUGAGUCAGAGCUGCAGCUCAGCCAGUCUGGAACUAAGAUAAAGCUGGAGGCUCUGUCUCUGCCUGUGGUGGUGAUCUCCAACGUGUGCCAGCUGCCCAGCGGCUGGGCCUCCAUUCUGUGGUACAACAUGCUGACCAGUGAACACAAGAAUCUGCAGUUCUUCCUGUCACCCCCGGCAGCCAAGUGGUCUCAGCUCUCCGAGGUUCUCGGCUGGCAGUUCUCCUCUGUCACCAAGCGAGGCCUGAGCCAAGAGCAGCUCAACAUGCUGGCGGACAAGCUGCUGGGUCCCAAAGCUCAGAGGAACCCAGAUGGGCUAAUUCCUUGGAUCAAGUUCUGCAAGACACAAAAUGCCAGCGAGAAAGUUUUUCCCUUCUGGUUAUGGAUUGAAGGCAUCCUGGAUCUGAUCAGAAGACACCUGCUUUUCCUCUGGAACGACGGCUUCAUCAUGGGCUUCAUCAGUAAGGAGCGCGAAAAGGCUCUGCUGAGCGACAAGUGUCCAGGCACCUUCUUGCUCAGGUUUAGUGAGAGCAGCAAAGAAGGAGCAAUUACCUUCACUUGGGUCGAACAUGACAUGCACAGUGAGCACUGGAUCCGCUCGUCGCAUUUGUUUACUCAAGUGUGUUCAGUUUAUUUCCACAUGAUUUUUUUUCCUCCAGACAAGCCCAUCUUCCACUCAGUGGAGCCGUACACAAAGAAAGAUCUGAGUGCCGUCUCACUGCCCGACAUCAUCCGCACCUACAAAGUGAUGGCAACCGACGACAUCCCUGAUAACCCGCUCCGCUUCCUCUACCCGGACAUCCCAAAAGAUGUGGCCUUUAAGAAGUACACCAAAAACUCUGAGUCUACAGAGCCCAUGGACGUGGAAAACGCAGGGAAGAGCGGCUACAUGAAGACUGAGCUCAUAUCCGUCUCCGAAGUACAUCCGGCCCGGCUGCAAGAGAAAAUGAUGCCCAUGUCGCCCGACGUCUACAGGUUUUUGGAGCAGUCGGUCAGGCCUGCGGACCUUGAUGCGAUGACGGCAGACUUCGAGGGUUAAAACUGAGCUGUUCUGUCCCGAUUCGUUCAUUCAAGGAACUUUGAAUUUAUUCACAAGGUCAUCUUAUGUCUAAAUACUCUCUAAAAGAGAAUGUGUGCAAAUGAGAGAAAAAGUGUAUAAAAAUAGCUAGCCAGAAAUAACACAAAAUCUGUUCAACAUAUGUAGCAAUUAAUAGACUAUAAAAAUGUGUCAUUAAAUAUUGUUUCAAAGUAAUAAUAAUUAUUAACAAUCAUAAGUCACUGAUGGUGUAGAAGUACGCUCGCCUGACGGAUGUGAUGCUCAGUGAUGGAUGUGAUUGUAGUGUGAAUGGUUGUCCUGAGAUUGUUGGCGACCAGUCCAGGGUGUUUUCUGCCUUUUUGCCCAAAGUCAGCUGGGAUCGGCUCCAGCACACCUGCAACCCUGAGGAGGAUGAGCAGGAUGAGAAAUGGUUGUUAGCGAUUCCGAGGCGCGUCUUACCAAAUGAAAGAAGGUGGGAAACAAGGAAAUAAGAGAUUUUCUUUUUCUUCUCCUUUCUUGCCUUGCCACCCCGACAACACGGGCCAUGUGAUGUCAUCCACGCCUUCAAAACGGGUCCCCUUGAUCACCCCCUUGAGCUUGGGAAAGAGGAAAAAAAAAGCACAUGGGGUCAGACUGGAUAAGUAGGGAGGUUGCUCCAGCACUGCCAUGAACUGUCAAUGCUUAGGGCAUUGCUGGCAUGCGCGAGUUGUCCCCAUUUUGUUACCCCAAAAACCCAUCGUCAACAGUGGGUGCGGAUCAAAGAUUUCUAAAUCAAAUAGACCUAGCGAGACCACUGGUUAAGUGAAUGUUAUAUUUGCGUUUCCCUUCUAGGGUGGAAUUAAAAAGCUACAUGACAUGGGGGAGGAAGGAUUUCCUCAAUCUGUCAGUGGACGGAGCCUGUCAGUGAAGUUGCUCCUCUACCUUGAAAUGGUGCUGAGCAGUGGUUGCUAUGGGAUUGUCCAUAAUGGACAGAAGCUUGUUCAGUGUCCUCUCGGCUACAUGUCAGCCCGCUUUUCUCCUCAGUUUAGCCAGUGUUGUGUGUGUGUGUUUUUUUUUUUUUUUUUUUUUUUUUUUUAUCGUUAAGCUUUUGGGUCACCCCCCGUGUCCCCAGCAGCUGCUGAGUUCGCUUAACCUGAGAUUUGACAUUUCGCAUCAGCAUUUUUUCCCUCAACAAACAAAUCACAACCCAAAGCAGAGAACAAAUUGUCAAAUUGUUUAAUAUAUAUUUAAUCUGUGAGAAGAUUUCCCGAAAUCGAUACAUCCAGUCACAGCAGCAACAACUAACACAGACAGAGGUGGGUAUCAGCUCAAGUCUAUAUGACCUUCUGGUCUGCUAAAUGUGUCAUAAAUAUUGCAGUUAUUGUGCUUCUACGUUGUUUUGAUUGAUUCAAGACAUUGUCAUGUCUUUAAUCGUCCAAAACACACAACCCUGACCAUUUUUAUGAAGUUUUGCAUGGAGCUUUUCAAAUUUGGCCAACACCUUCCUGAGUUGUCUCCAGAAGAAACAGUUUCCCAAAUUUCAUGCGAUACUUAACAAUUUGUGCUACAACUAUGUAAAACUGUCACCACAUUUAAAUAAAAAUAAAAACAUUCAACAGCUUCAGCACAAACCA